GCCGGUGCCGCCAUGCUGGCCGGCUGCGGUCGUGUGGCGCGGUCUGCCGCGAGCGGCCUGAGGUGGGGCCCGCCCGGCCGGGCCGGCGGCUGCAGCAGCUCCGCUCCCUGGAGAUGGGUCAGCACCAGCUGGUCCCCGGUGGGCGCUGCCUUUAACGCUCAGCAGCAGCACCGGCGGGAGCUGGGGAAGAAAACGGGUCUGUUUGGUGUACCAGAGUUGAGUUGUCCAGAAGGAUUUCAAGAAGCUCAAGAAAGAUCACUGCAAGAAACAGAACGACUAGUACAAAAAGCAUGUACUACACCGCCUGGGAAGGAGAUAGUCAUGAUCUUUGAUCAGCUCUCAGAUGCUUUGUGUAGAGUAGCAGAUCUGGCUGACUUUGUGAAAAUUGCCCAUCCAGAUUUUGCUUUCAGAGAGGCUGCUGAGGAAGCCUGCAGAAGCAUUGGUACUAUGGUAGAAAAAUUAAAUACAGAUGUAGAUUUGUGCCAAAGUCUAAGAAAGUUGUUGGCUGAUAAAGGUGUAAUGGAGUCCCUUGAUCCAGAAACAAGGCGAGUAGCAGAACUUUUCAUGUUUGAUUUUGAGAUCAGUGGUAUUCAUUUGGAUGAAGAAAAGCGAAGGAGAGCAGUAAAUCUCAAUGUCAAAAUACUGGAUUUGUGUAACGAAUUUCUCAUAGGAUCUCAUCUUCCAAACAAGGUUGACAAGCACAUUUUACCAGAACACAUUCGGCAUCAUUUUGCAGUUGAAGGCAAUUAUGCCCAAAUCAGUGGUCUCAAUGCUGAUAGUCCUGAUGAUCUGGUACGUGAAGUUGCCUACAAGGUUUUCCUGUACCCAAAUGCUCAGCAAUUACAUUGUUUAGAGGAACUUCUUACCAGCAGAAACCUUCUGGCCCAAUUAGUAGGAUAUGAUACAUUUGCUCAUCGGGCUCUUCAGGGGACAAUGGCCAAAACUCCAGAGAAAGUAAUGCAAUUUCUUGAGAAGCUUUCAGAUAAGUUAUUCAGUCGUACGCUAAAGGAUUUUGAAAUGAUGAAAGGCAUGAAAAUGAAACUAAAUCCUAUAAAAUCAAAAUUGAUGCCUUGGGAUCAUCCAUACCACAGUGGUGUCCUGCGUGCUGAGAGAUAUAAUAUUGAACCCAGCCUGUAUUGCCCCUUUUUCUCUCUUGGAGCAUGUAUGGAAGGCCUGAACAUCUUGUUCAAUAAACUCUUAGGCAUCUCUCUUUAUGCUGAACAGACCGAGAAGGGAGAGGUGUGGUGUGAGGAUGUUCGCAAACUGGCAGUUGUCCAUGAACAAGAAGGAUUAUUGGGAUACAUCUAUUGUGAUUUUUUUCAAAGACCAGACAAGCCUUAUCAGGAUUGCCACUUUACGAUACGUGGAGGCAGGCUAAAAGAAAAUGGAGAAUACCAGCUUCCUGUUGUUGUCCUUAUGCUAAGUUUGCCCCAUUCCACUAGUAGUUUACCAACAUUGCUUACUCCUGGGAUGAUGGAGAAUCUCUUCCAUGAAAUGGGACAUGCCAUGCAUUCUAUGCUGGGAAGGACUCGAUACCAACAUGUCACUGGGACAAGAUGUUCUACAGACUUUGCUGAAGUUCCCUCUAUCUUGAUGGAGUAUUUUGCAAAUGAUUAUCGAGUGGUGAACCAAUUUGCAAGGCACUAUAAAACGGGUCAGCCAUUGCCCAAACAUAUGGUGUCAAGACUCUGCGAAUCUAAGAAAGUUUGUGCUGCCGCCGACAUGCAGCUUCAGAUCUUUUAUGCUGUCUUGGACCAAAUAUACCAUGGGAAACAUCCUCUAGAGAAGUCAACCACAGAGAUUUUGAAAGAAACUCAAGAGAAAUUCUAUGGAUUGCCAUACGUUCCUAAUACUGCUUGGCAACUCAGAUUCAACCAUCUUGUGGGCUAUGGGGCCAAGUAUUAUUCCUACCUCAUGUCCAGGGCUGUCGCAUCCAUGGUUUGGAAACAAUGUUUCGUACAGGAUCCUUUCGACAGGGCAAUGGGUGAACGUUACCGUAGAGAAAUGCUAGCACAUGGUGGAGGAAAAGAACCCAUGCUCAUGGUUCAAGGUAUGCUUCAGAAACGUCCAUCAGUGGAAGACUUUGUGGAUGCCCUUGUUUCAGACUUGGAUCAGGAUUUUGAAACGUUCUUCAUGGAUUCUGAAUAGCAAGAGAAGAAAAUUAAGCAUUCCGGUGAAGAAUUUUGAAAAAGGCGUGUACCAUCAACAGUGUACACAUAACUCUUGUGGGUUGCAUUGCUGCAUCCUCACAAGUGCUUGGGUAAAAUAAAUGGUUUACCUGAAGAGCAGGAUGUUUUUUCAUUACAGAAAGAUCAUCAUAGCCAAGGCUUUGAAACAGGUAUGCUUUGCAUUCCUGUUAACCUAUUUGAAAACGUAUUCUUAUAUGAACACGUGACAGCUGAUAGGCCAGGGUUACCAAUAGCAAGGGACAGCCUUAUGUAGGUACUUAACGGCAUGUGCUGUAAUGGGCAUGGCCAGUGGGUGCCCAUGGAGAAGUGCCCAAUGGGUACCAUCCCACACCCUUCUGUGAGUUCACUGAAUGCAUUGGGAAGGGUACAAACCUCUUAUGUGAUUACACUGGAAGCCUCUUUUGUCUGUUUACGCAUGAUUUUAAACUAACAUAAAGCAAGUAACAUUUGCAAGUGGGAAGUGAAGAAUUGCCAGCCAGUCAGAAGAAAAGAGGAACAAAAAUGGCCUGACCUUUAUGGAGAGGUUGAUAUGGCAAAAAUCAGGAAGUGAAUGUUUUCAUAGCAUAAGAUAAGCAUUAUUUAUUGCUGAUGUCUGUGUAUCAAACUUGCUGUUUAAACCUUGGAAGCAGGAGCCAGUAGGGAAAACUACAAUAGACUCAAGAUACCUCAGUCUUUGUUCCCAAAGAACUUGGGAUUUUAAAAUGCAUAACAAAUAAAUAAAAUGCACAGUAAUUUAGGAUACACUUUUCAGUUGUUAUAGUGCUAUCCUUAAACCAUCUUUGCUUUGCUUUUUGUGUUUUUAAUUUAAAAGUCAGACAUUUAAGGACCAUUGUGCCAGUACUAACUCCUGCAACUAAGAUGUAAUUUGACACAUUAAUGUUUUGCAUUUUGUUUGGCUCUAACCACACGAGUGUGGAAAAAUCAGAUUGCAUCAUCCUGUAGGCAUUACAUUUUUAUGAACAGUAAAAUUCACUCUAAACUAAUUGCCCUGGAUUAAGAUGCCAAUAAAGAAUUGUUACAAUAAAGAUAAAGAAAAGGAAUAUUACUUACUGGAAUAUUAACCCAGGGCUUUUCCUUGCUCUUGGAGAAGUUACUUUCUGUAAUUCUCUAUUGGAAGAAGGAAAGUUUAUCGAGGUUAACAGUUAUUAAAAGAGCCGAUAUACUAGGGCCUGGUUUGCACAUCAUAAUAAACCAUGGUUAUCUAAAUACCAAUUGAUCAAA